AUGAAGUUGUGGCUUGUGGUGUUGUUUGCGGCGCUGUUGGUGGCGGCGUGGACCGCCGAGGACUACGAAAUCUUCAAAGUGAACGACCGGGUGCGGGCCGAUGUCGGCGAGGACGUCACCUUCUACUCGUGGCUCGACGUGUCGAGAAAAGCCACUUCCGCCGAGAUCAAUAAGGCUUACAGAAAGCUCUCGCGGACGCUUCACCCUGAUAAGUUUAGAGGCAAGGAAAAGAAGCAAAAGGAAAAGCAGUAUCAGACGCUUUCCGUCGUCGGUGGGGUGUUGAAGGACCCCGAGCGCCGCCGGCGCUACGACUACUUCUUGGACCACGGGUUCCCCCAAUGGCGCGGCACCGCAUACUUAUACAGCCGGUUCCGUCCGGGGAUUGCCGGUACGCUUGUCGGUCUCUGGCUCCUUAUCAGUGCGUUCCACUACUUGGCAGUAACGGUUACUCGCAAGCAAGACAAGAAACGGAUCGCUAGUUUCCGAGAGACUAUCCGUCGCGAAGCGUUACAGGCUCUGAACGGUCUCCCUGAUGGUCAGGAUCGCAAAUUGACCACUCCCGAUGGUAAACUGUUUAUUGUCACUGGCGACGGUAAGGUUUUCGCUGAGACUGACGACGACACUCGAGUUGAAAUUCACGAAGACAAUAUUAGUACCAAACUCAAAUUGAGCCAAACCUGGUUUAUUCGCUUGCCAGUGGCGGUGUACAACUAUACCAUUGGUCUUGUCACCGGGUUGACGCUUGACCUCGCUCAAGACGAUGACGUUCCACUGCAGAACCAGUCUGCCACUGACGGUGCUGCUACUGCCACUGCUAGUGGUUCGCUGACGAGAAAGAAGAAACCGCGGGGGAAGAAGAUCAAGCUUCCCAAUGGUAAGGUCGCCUACGCCAAAGCUUAG